GAGGCAGAUGAAUGGAACUUAUUCUCGGAGUUCAACAUGGAGUCUCCCUUCACAAAUACCAGACCUUGCAGAUACAAGGAGGAGAUGGAGAAGUUCUUGCAAAGAAACGCCAGCAACCGCCUUCUCCUCCACAUCGACGAGCACCGCUCCAUGAGCACAUCUCCUGAAUUCAGGCGAGGAGCACUGCUUUUGGCUGGCUCACUUCCACAGAUGUGUCAGGUGAUUGCCACCUACCUCGAACCGCCGGAUCUAGCCGCACAGGGUUCGUCGCAAGUUUGCCGCUUUCCAAUUGCCAUGAUGCUAGUAGAUGUGAACCCCUUGCUGACCAGGGACGCUUCAGAUGCUGCACCUGCCACGGCAGCAGGAUUGCCGAAAAUCAAACUUCCUGCCGAAGGCUGGGGUGGCAAGGAAGAACGAUUGCUCGCAACUUUGCGAGUCAAGCUAAGCCUUCUCCUUGUGCACAUUGGUCUUGACCAGCUCCACAUUCCACAGGAUGAGAAGAGCGACCUGCGCAGAACUUUCAGAAACAUCCAGGACCAGCUUGACAAAGAGGGAAACCUGGAGAGCAAGCUCAUUGGAGCUCUUGGAAGUUUUAGCGUCGCUUUGCCAGAUCUAGAUGAACAGGUCUCAGGAGCAGUGGACUUUUUGUUGGGCAUAAAAGAUGCCCGGGCAGAGGACAGAAGGUAUCCGGGAGUGAUCUCGUUGGACAACCGGAAGCUGACUCUUCCGCUGGACUGGUUGAUGGCAGUUAGAGAUGCCAGGGAUAAAGCCUCGUCAGUCUUUAAGAAAGCCCAAGCAGUAUUCCGCUCAUCUCUGAUGGAAUCUGGGAGUUGGUGUGACGGUAUGCUUUUAGAGCGAGCUUAUUUGUGCGUUCUUGCCUGCAAAGCGGCUAAGGCAGAGGACGGCUUUAGAUUUGUGAGCAAACCUCGCAUAUAUGAGUUUCAAUGCAAGGAAAUACGAGACGGAUUGCAACAAGUCGAUGGGAAGAACGCAAGAGUCUUCACAAAGAAGGGAGACCCCUGCAUUGAUGGUAUCCGCUGCAUAGAGGAUGGUGUCAUGUAUCACGCGCUUUCAGAAGGUGGCACGGCUGGCACGCACAAAGGCUUCGACAUUUGGUUCAAGACCGAAGCAGAUGAAUUAGUCCUGAGCUCAGUGCUCUUGGAUGUGACUGGAGCUACGAAUGCAGAAACCUGCAACAAAAAGGCUUCAAAUAUUGCUCAGAAUGUGAACGCAGUGAAGCACACGGUGCAGAACGCGGAAUCGCCGGUAAAAUCAGUAAUUGGCGUUCUUCUUGCUCCAAAUUGCAACAGUCCCAUUGUGGAUGCACGAGUGGCUCAAGUAGUGGCAGGAGACGCAGCAAGAGACAUAUUAGGCGGCUUGCAACAAUUCCUAACUUGGCUUGGUGAUGAUGUCGACUAA